ACACGCGUGAGAACAACAAGCGAAGCGAACGCUGGCAGCUUUAUCAGCACCAAGGAUGUCAGAUGUUGAUUUGAUUUUUUUGGCCUUGUUUUCUCAUUGUGGUGCAAUCAAAUGGAAUUGAUUUUGUUUGAUUGAGAUUAUGGUUAAAUAUAAAUGAUCAAUUAACCGCUGUGGAUAGUCGUGUUAAUGUCUUGAAUAGACAACAACGAUGACCUGACAGCUCUGCUUGACAUAAUGAAUUUCUUAGUAUUUGCUUCAAACCAAGGGAACAAUAUUGUUAAAUGUUAUAUGGUUAGCUAGUUAGUUAGCUAUAUUUUGUAUCUUCGUCUGUUGUAAUCGCGGUCGUAGUGUAACAUCUGGUUAAGUUUGUUAUGGGGAAGAUGUGCUAAGCUAACAAGCUAGUGUUGCUCAAAAUUAGGGAGUGGUGAAGUUUCACAACAUUUUCACGAGUGAAAGUCGUUAGUCAACUAGACAGGAUGCCUGGAAUGGUGGUUUUUGGUCGUCGCUGGGGUAUAGCAAGCGACGAUCUUGUUUUCCCUGGCGCUUUUGAAUUGUUCAUCAGGAUCAUCUGGUGGAUUGGAAUUAUGGUUCUGUACACGAUCCAUAAAGGGCGAUUUGACUGUACUGGUGGAGCAGUCCUGCACAGUUACCUUGUUGUACUACUGGUCCUUCUUGCUGCCAUCAUCUUGUCGCAGUGUGCAAUCGUCUACGUCAGUGCUCAGGGGACCAUUACCAACCCGGGCCCUCGGCGCUCCAUCCCACUGCUUGUGUGUAUCCGGUUCGUGCUGUACCUUCCAGAGAUUGUGUGGGCCUGUCUAGGUGCAAUGUGGGUGUCAGAUAACAGCAGAAGCUGUGAACCAGCUGAGGUUGCCGCUGUGAUUGGUGCAGUAAUUGCUAGCUGGAUCAUCCUGUUCUUCACGGGCAUCGGUGUGCUGAUCGUGUUUGACCCCCUGGGCAGCCUGCGGCGCUCUGCGGCUGUGUAUGAGCCUGGCUCCAGGGACCUGGAGAGCAGCGACUCCACCCAGCUGCUGUCCACGGCGCGCUCCCUGGCUGAACGAGUGUGGGAGAGCCGGCUUCGCCUGCUCUGCUGCUGCCUGCCCCAGGAUGACAGCAACCGCGCAGCCUUCUCCAGCAUCGCCCAGCUGGUCAGCGGCUUCUUCUCGGACACCGAUUUGGUGCCCAGCGACAUUGCUGCAGGCCUGGCACUCCUUCAUCAGGAGCAAGAUAAGGUGGAACAAAGCAGAGAUCCUGAUGAGGUUGUGACCCACAGCCCAUCCUCUCCCAUUAGGGAAGACCUCCAGACUGAGCUGGAGAGAGCAGCCCACUGCAUGCGGUUUGCAGCCGCUGCAUAUGGCUGGCCUCUGUACGUCUACUCCAACCCCCUCACUGGAGUGUUCAAGCUGAGCGGUGAUUGCUGCCGAAACCGCAGUGCAGAGUAUGACAUCGUGGGUGGGGAUCACCUGGGCUGCCAUUUCACUUCCAUUCUGCAGAGCACUGGGCUGCAGUACAGAGACUUCAUCCACAUCAGCUUCCAUAACCAGAUCUAUGAGAUUCCAUUCUAUGUGGCUCUGGAUCACAAGAAGGAGGCGGUGCUGGUGGCGGUGAGGGGAACUCUGUCAUUCAGGGAUGUUCUCACUGACCUUUCGGCUGACUGUGAGAACCUGCCUAUAGAGGGAGUAACCGGAACCUGCUAUGCUCACAAGGGCAUAACACAGGCUGCCACCUACAUCCACAAAAAGCUCAUCAAUGAUGGGAUUCUGAACCAGGCUUUCACCAUUGCACCUGAGUACAGGCUGGUGAUCACAGGCCACAGUCUGGGGGCAGGCACUGCCUCUGUCCUGGCCAUCCUCCUGCGCAGUGCUUUCCCCACCCUGCAGUGCUAUGCCUUCUCUCCACCAGGGGGCCUCCUGAGCAAGGCUCUGGCUGAAUACUCCAAGGAGUUUGUGGUGUCAGUGGUGCUGGGGAAGGAUCUGGUGCCACGGUUGAGUAUUCCCAACAUGGAGGACUUGAAAAGAAGGAUCCUAAAAAUGGUUUCCAACUGCAAUAAACCUAAGUACCGCAUCCUGCUCCACGGCUGCUGGUACGAGAUGUUCGGGGGCGAGCCUGACGAUUUCCCCACGGAGAUGGACAACCGGCGGGAGGAGCAGCUGGGCCAGCCUCUGCUGGGGGAGCAGAGCCUCCUGCUGCACCGCUCGCCCUCCUACCAGAGCCUGGACUCCGAGGAGUCGCCCAGCCACGUCACCCACCUGCCCCUCUACCUGCCCGGCCGCAUCCUGCACAUCACGGAGGAAGGGAGUCGCCGCAGACCGUGCUUCUCCCCGGUGAGGUACCGCGCUGAAUGGUCCAGUGAGACCUCGUUCUGCAGCAUCCUGAUCAGCCCGCGCAUGCUCACCGACCACAUGCCCGAUGUGGUGCUGCGUGCUCUACAGAGCCUGACCGAGGACCGGCCCUUCUCCCUCUGCCCUUCCUCCCUCAGCAACAGCCAUCUUAACGUCAUCUGAGUCCCCGUGCCUCCUGCCCACGGACCUGCGGGCCAGCCAAGGUGACAUGACGGACGGGGAUAACGGGCCAAUGCCAUAUGCUGUCUCCAGACGUUUUCUCCAUGAUUGCAAAGGGGCCUUUUUUUCCCUCCUUCGUUUCCGUUUCAGCUUCCGACCUGACGGAUUCCGUGAAUGACACUGUACCUUAUGGAUAGUGCUCGAUGUACAUUUGCUAAUGUUUUACUGUGAUUUAUGUGCUUGUGUUCUCAGAUUAUUUUAUUUUACGUACUCAUCUUGGACUUUGGCCUGAUAUGAAAGGACAACAUGAUGAAGAUAUUUUAAGGGUGUAACUGGUUUUCUGCUUGCUCGUUUGCGUGAAUGAGACCAGAAUAAUCAGGUUGAACAGUGCCUAUACAUUGAGAAACUGUCGAGGAAUUCAAUUUUCAAUUCAAUUCAAUUUUAUUUGUAUAGUGCUUUUCACUCACAAAGACGCUUUACGGAGUAACCAAACUCUGAAAACGCAGCACUUACUGAUCAUGUCACAACUUAAUGUACCAACUGUACAGUACAGCUGCAGUAUUGUUUUUCUAUAUAAAUGCUGUAAUAAUGCACGAUACUUUAUUUAAGUAUGUUUAUAGCAUGAAUGUAUGAGAGCUGAGUUUCUCAACUGAUAUUUAUGAUGAGGUUUGUGAUUUAAUGUAAUGUGUUGUACAGAAACAAUGUUCAUUUCUCAGCUCCAGUAGAAAGGAAGUGCCGUCAGUGCUAUUCAUUUUUUUCCUCUGUGCUUAUCUAUUAUUUUUUGUGGCCAAUGAAAUUAUAUAAUAUUCAUUAAAGCACAUUUAAUGAAAAUGUAAA